AUGGCCGGACGCAGGUUUGCUACUUUCGGUGGUCUCGCCGCUGUCGGUGGAGCUACCUACUACCUCUACAGCGCGGGCGGUGACGCAAAACUUGCUGAAAAGAAGUUUGAGCACGAUGCUGCCAAUGUGACAAGGAGAGUCCGCGGUGACUUCCCUGGUCAGGACAAGGAGGCCAAGAAGGCAGGCGAGGAGGGAUAUGAGGCUGUCCGCGCAACCGCACAAGACUACGUACCUCAGAACAAAGCUCAGGAGUACAGUGCCGAGGCCCAGGCCAAGUACAACUCUCUGAGCGUCGAGGCGAAGAAAAAGUGGGAUGAAGCCCGCGUCCGGGGCGACGAGUUCACCCGCGAGACCAGCAAGGACUUCAACGCUGCCGUCGACAGGUUCGACAAGGAGGUCACCAAGGAUGCCGCACAAGCAAAGAGCUGGUUGGGUUCCUGGUUCGGUGGUAAGUAG